AUGCGGUCUAUAUCUGUCUUUAACCCUAACCCUAAUGAUGUCUUUAACAUUAACCCUUAUGCUGUCUAUAAAACUAACCCUGACCCUGUCUAUAAUCCUGACCCUGUCUAUAAUCCUAACCCUAAUGCUGUCUAUAACCCUAACCUUAAUGCUGUCUUCAACCCUUACCCUAAUGCUGUCUAUAAUCCUAACUUUAAUGCUGUCUUCAACCCUUACCCUUAUGCUGUCUAUAAUCCUAAUCCUGACGCUGUCUAUAAUCCUUACCCUUAUGCUGUCUAUAGCACUAACCAGUACGAUGUCUAUAAUACUUAUCCUGACGCUGUCUUUAACCCUAAACCUAAUGAUGUCUAUAACCCUAACCUUAUUUAUGUUUAUAACCCUAACCCCGAUGAUGUGUCAAACCCUAGCCCUAAUGCUGUUUAUAAGACUUACCCUAAUGCUGUUUAUAAUCCUAAUCCUGACUCUGCCUAUAACCCUGACGCUGUCUAUAACCCUAACCCUAACGCUGGCUAUAACCCUCGCCCCGAUGAUGUAUAUUACACUAACCAUAAUGCUGUCUUUAAUCCUAACCCUAACGCCGUCUAUAAUCCUAAUCCUGUAGCUGUCUAUAACCCUAACCCUAAUUAUGUCUUUAUUUAUUCUAACCGUAAUGCUGUAACCUUAACCUUAAUGCUGUAUAUAACCCUAACCCUAGUGGUGUCUAUAAUCCUAACAGUAAUGCUGUAUUAA